CUCAUCCAAAUAUUUCAAUUGGAGCAGAAUCGAUCAAACCAUCCCAUUCAACUGAAAACGGAUCGAUUACAAUCCUAAUCAAUUUUGAUUCUUUAUGAUCAAGUUAUGAUCGAGUCCAACCAAAUUCGGCUAACUGGAUCAAAUUAGAGUCGGUGGUGACUGGUGACCAAUGUCGAACUUGAUUCCAAGUUGAAAAACCAUGUUUUGCUUCACCCUGCCAACGCAAAUUUUAUUUUACACUACUGCAUUUAGGUUUGGAAUUUUUGGGAUUAGGAUUUAGGGUUUAAAAAAAAAAAAAAAAAAAGGUAAUGGGUGUUUUUUUUCUGAUAAACGUAUGACAGGGAUUCCAAACAGGAUCACACAUUUGGUAGAAAAACAGGAUCACACAUGAGAGCUCUGCACUUGAUAACCACCAGAUUACAAACAAAAAUUCGGUUUAAUGUUUCAUUUUCGUAGGGUUAACCAAAAAUGAAAACACAAAAGCUCCAAGGCUAUCCGUUUGAGUCUUCCUCUCCGUGUGGGUUUGCUCUGGAGCACUCUAAGCUCUAACCCGCUUGAAACAUGCAGCUUAGCGCUCGCCUGGUGAGGUCCUUGUCUCUUCCUUCUCCUGCGUCUACCACCCUUCAAGAAAUCGCUGCCAAUCACAAAGGUAUCGCAAAACUUGUCUUGAAAAAGGGGAAGACCCAACUUUUCAAGGAUGGAAGUCCAAUGGUCUAUAGUGGUGCAGUGGACAGGAUUGUUGGUAGACCACCACCCAAAUCUGGAGAUGUUGUGCUAGUAGCAGAUGGGACAGAGAAGCCCAUUGGAUGGGGGAUGUACAAUGCAGUCUCCAUGUUUUGUGUUCGCCUCAUGCAACUAGAAGAAGAGACAGCAAGAGAUCCGUCUUGUGCAUUGAACAUGGAGAAGCUUCUUGAAACAAGAAUUCGUGAUGCUCUAGAAUUACGUAGGAGUCUUGGGCUUCCAUCUAUGGAUACAAAUGCAUAUCGUCUUGUGAACAGUGAAGGGGACAGGUUGUCAGGUCUAAUUGUUGAUGUUUUUGGCAAUCUUGCUGUAGUAGCUUCAUCCGCUGCUUGGGUUGAGAAAUAUAAGUCAGAAAUUGAGUCCUGCAUCUGUAGAACCUGUGACAUUGAUCAUAUAAGGUGGAGACCAUCUGCUGAUAUCUUAAAAGAAGAAGGAUUGGAUAUAUCAGAUCUAGGAGAACCACACCCAUCACAUUCGCUUGAGAGGGUGAAGGUAAUAGAAAAUGGGAUUGCUUAUGCGAUCUCAUUGGAAGGUCAGAAAACAGGAUUUUAUGCUGAUCAACGUGAAAAUCGUAAGUUCAUAUCAACAAUUUCAGAGGGACGUAAAGUUCUUGAUAUUUGCUGCUACAGUGGUGGCUUUUCUCUAAAUGCAGCAAAAGGUGGUGCUGUAGAUGUUUUGGGUGUUGAUACCUCGAUACCUGCUUUGGACCUUGCAAAAGAAAAUAUCCUUCUCAACAAGCUGGAUCCCGGAAGAAUAUCAUAUUUGAGAGAAGAUGCAACUGAAUUUAUGAAAUCAGCUGCUUCAAGGCAUGAAUCUUGGGAUUUAGUUAUUCUGGAUCCUCCAAAACUAGCACCUCGGAGGAAGGUUUUACAAAAUGCAUCUGGUAUGUAUAGAAAUCUAAAUUCAUUAGCCAUGCGAUUAACGAAGAGAGGAGGUCUUCUCAUGACAUGUUCAUGUUCAGGGGUGAUGACCCAAAGUGGAUUGUUCUUAUGUAUUCUUCAGAGUGCUGCUUCAAUGGUGGGUAGAAAAGUUACAGUUUUACGUCAAGCUGGAGCAGCUUGUGAUCACCCUAUUGACCCAUCCUAUCCUGAAGGAGCAUACCUUUCCAAUGUCAUGCUUAGAGUACUAUAGAUGAUCGGCCUCCAGGAUUAUUCCAUCACAAAUAUGAAGGUUCUCCAAGUCGUCUGAAAACAGAAAAGCAGCAUCGGUAAUAGAUUUGAUGGUGAUAAAUGGUUAUGUUAAUUCUCUGCAUUGAAAGGAUUUCCACCUUGGCUUGAUCAGAUAUAUAACAGUGAAGACCAUGGCUAGAAAGAAGCACAACCCUCCAACUGUUAGAUUUGCAAUGCCAAGAAAGUCAUUCUUUCCCCCAAGCCAGCUAGUGGUGGAAAGUACAAGUUUCUUCUUCUCUCCAUUAAAACUGUAUGUGUCGUAGUAGUUCUGCAGUGUUACAUUUGUAAUGUCAUUUGCUUGGAGAUCCACCUCUAUCUUCCCAUAUAACUUCUUAAAAGUCGGAAGGACAGCAGUUCUCAUCCGAACAAUAAGCUCCUCCUGCUCACUUAGAGAUCAGUUCUUGUUUGAUGGAUGGUAACCAGUUUAAUGACCAACUAUUCAGUUGUGCAAAAGCAAUGGUUCUAUUUGGUGUUCCAUCAGGACUGGAGAUGGAUUACUUACUGGUAUGCUGGCAUCAAAGGUCGCACCGCCUAUUAGGAUUCCUUUCUGGAAAAUUUUGAGCUACACAUUACUACCAAACAUUUUAUCCCUAUCGCUCUUCCAGGAAAUGCCCUAUUUGUUCACCUGCACUUGCUGGUUGUUGAGAGAGAAGCUGCAAGUGUCAUUGAACAAACUCCAAGCCAUAAGACCAUAGGGCACAAUGGGGAGAUCCAUUCGCUAUGUCUUCAGGUGCACUGCCGGUUGUAAUAUUUUCACUUUUAGGAUCAAUUAGCUGUGCAGCCGUUACGCUCUGAACAUACCUGAGUUACAACGCAUCACCAUGAGAGCUAUUUGAAUAUAAUGCUUUUUUUCCCCAUGAAUUUGUGGAAACGUUUAGUCAUGAUUCAUGGAAUUGUUUUACGCAAAAGACUCCUGGUCUCUGGUCUGGCCAACUAUUUGUACCAUAUAUAAAGUCAUGUUCUUGUGAUGCUGCUUUGACUACUACUUUGACUUUUUCUUUCA